AAAAAAUGGUUGCCAUGACAACGGUUAUUGACAAAAUCCUGACAGUGUUUUAGAGAAAACUUUAAUCUUAUAUCAAAUAUUGAAAUGUUAUUUUAGACUAGUUUUAAUCGAUAAUGAAGUUGUUAAAAAUACAUUUGCGGUAUCACCCGCCGGGGCUGAUUUUAGAGUAUUCUCAAAAAGGCACUGUGAAGAACAGAGAAAUUGACCUCCUGGAUUUGAAUAGCAAAAGUGACAUCCACACACUAACCAACGAACUAUACGCACGAGAGGUUCUCCUCACUGAGGACGUGAAGGAACAGCUGGAACAAUGCCUCACUACGCUGAAGAAGAGGGUGGAACACGAGGGUCCGGCGGGGAAGAGGUUUAUACCUUUGACUUCACGGUUCUACAUAUACAAGACGUUGAUGACCCAUGUACUCCCGCUGACGAACGUGGCUUUUGACAAGACUGGAGAACGAUGUCUGUCAGGAAGCUAUGACCGCACCUGUAAAGUGUGGGACGUGGAGUCAGGCAGCGAGCUGGCAACGUUGACUGGUCAUCAGAACGUCGUCUACUCCGUCUCAUUUAACUUCCCCGCUUGUGACCGGGUCAUAACCGGCUCCUUCGACAAAUCCGCCAAAAUCUGGGAGCCCUCCACCGGGGAGUGUCUGGCCACACUCUGGGGCCACAACGGGGAGGUGGUAGCCGCACAGUUCAGCCCUAAAGGGGACCAUGCGGCAACUGGCUCCAUGGACCAUACUGCCAAGCUUUACGACGUCAGAACCGGGGAUGAACUCCACACGUACACUGGGCACUCGGCAGAGGUAAUCGCGCUGCAGUUUGACCCCAACGAAGGUCGGAGGCUCAUCACAGGGUCCUUUGAUGGCACCAUCUCCAUGUGGGAUACUAGGAUGAAGGACCGAGUAUCAGUCCUUUCCGGGCACGAGGGCGAAAUUUCCAACGUCCAGUUCAAUUGGGACAGUUCUCUCGUGGGCUCUUCUUCCUUAGACGGCAGCGCGAGACUGUGGGACGCUCGCCAAAGCUCAUGUCUUGCUACCAUCUCUACACACAGUGACGAGGUGUUGGAUAUCUGCUUCGACUGGGCGGGACAGCGAAUGGCUACAUCGUCUAGUGACUGUUCAGCGAGAAUCUACGACGUUAAGGGCGACUUUAAGGAGCUGGCGAUCAUGAAGGGUCAUCGUGAUGAGGUGUCCAAGGUAUGCUUCAGUCCCGCCGGAGGUUGCCUGCUGACCGCAUCAGCCGACCGCAGCGCUCGUAUCUGGAACUCUUCCACUGGGAACUGCAGACAGGUGCUGUCCGGUCACGAGGGUGAAAUCUUCUCCUGCGCAUAUUCUUAUGCCGGUGACGCCAUCGUCACAGCAUCCAAGGACAACACGUGCCGUAUAUGGAGGUGAUUGGAUUGGUGGCAGUCAGACCACUAA